AUGUCAAAUGUUUUGGAUGAUGAAGAGCCACAUAGCAUCUGGCCCAGAAGUGUUAUCACGCUGACAGUUCUGAUACGUCGGCAUCCUCUCUAUUCACCAGACGCCUCACAUGACAUCAAAUGCAGCCCUGCUACGACUGCUUGCCUGGGUGAUCUGUACGGAUCCGAGGAGACAGGCUCAGCUGGGAAUUUGUACAGUCGCGGUACUGGCAAUAUAGACGAGAGGUCCAGUGAUCAGGACGACGCAGCAGAGACGAUGACUAAGGUUAUACUGUGGUUCACUUUUAUUUUCUUGUUUAUAAAUCGUGCUACUUAA